GAAGGUAAUGUUUAAAUUUCAAAAUAUUUCCAUCGUUCUUUGUAGUUUAGUCCACCGGAGCAUCCGCUCAACCAUUUCAUUUCAAAAAUCAGGGCGCGGAGAGAAGCAAGCAAGCACCACCAUCACUCACAUUACACCCGCUCCAUGAGCCCGCCGUGACCUAGUCAAGCAGAUCCAUGAGUUUCAAAGAGAGCUGCCGAAACGAGCUCCGCACGGCCAUUAGUCAACUCAGUGAUCGAUGCCUUUACUCCGCCUCCAAAUGGGCAGCAGAACAAUUAGUUGGAAUAGAACAAGACCCAACCAAGUAUACACCCUCAAACACUAGAUUCCAGCGUGGAAGCUCAAGCAUUCGUCGAAGGUUCCGCACCAAUGAGAUUACUUCAACGCCGUUUGCAGGUGUUUCUUACGUCUCCACUCCGGUAAUGGAGGAAGAUGAGGUGGUGGAUGGUGAUUUUUAUCUUCUGGCAAAGUCAUACUUCGAUUGUAGGGAGUAUAGGAGGGCUGCUCACGUGCUCCGUGAUCAAAAUGGAAAGAAAUCGGUGUUUUUGCGCUGCUAUGCUCUUUAUCUGGCUGGAGAAAAGCGGAAGGACGAAGAAAUGAUAGAACUUGAGGGACCAUUGGGCAAAAGUGAUGCUGUGAAUUGUGAACUCGUUUCCCUUGAGAGAGAGUUAUCUACAUUUCGCAAAAAUGGAAUGAUUGAUCCCUUUGGGUUGUAUCUAUAUGGUAUGGUACUAAAAGAUAAAGGCAGUGAGUAUCUUGCCCGUACAGUUUUAGUGGAGUCUGUGAAUAGCUAUCCUUGGAACUGGAGUGCCUGGUUAGAGCUGCAGUCAUUGUGCACUACAGUUGACAUCUUGAACAGCCUUAAUCUAAAUAAUCAUUGGAUGAAGGACUUUUUUCUUGCCAGUGCUUAUCAAGAGCUUAGGAUGCACAAUGAAUCCUUAAUGAAAUAUGAAUAUCUACAGGGCACUUUCAGUUUCAGCAAUUACAUACAGGCUCAAAUUGCAAAAGCACAGUACAGUCUGAGAGAAUUUGAACAAGUUGAAGUGAUAUUUGAAGAGCUUUUAAGGAAUGACCCCUAUCGAGUUGAAGACAUGGAUAUGUAUUCUAAUGUGCUAUAUGCAAAGGAGUGCUUCUCUGCUUUAAGUUACCUUGCCCACAGAGUAUUCAUGACUGACAAAUACAGACCUGAGUCUUGUUGCAUAAUUGGGAAUUACUACAGUUUAAAGGGGCAGCAUGAGAAAUCAGUUGUAUAUUUUCAGAGGGCACUUAAAUUGAACAAAAAUUUUUUGUCAGCUUGGACACUGAUGGGCCAUGAAUAUGUUGAGAUGAAAAACACUCCAGCUGCCAUUGAUGCCUAUAGACGAGCUGUAGAUAUAAAUCCUUGUGAUUAUCGAGCCUGGUAUGGGUUAGGACAAGCUUAUGAGAUGAUGCAUAUGCCUUUAUAUGCUCUUCAUUAUUUUCGAAAAUCUGUAUUUUUGCAGCCAAACGAUUCUCGAUUGUGGAUUGCUAUGGCUCGGUGUUAUGAAACUGAACAGCUUCACAUGCUUGAAGAGGCUAUAAAAUGCUAUAGAAGGGCUGCAAAUUGUAAUGACAGGGAAGCAAUUGCCCUAAACGAGCUUGCAAAGCUGCAUCAUGAACUUGGGCGUGAUGAGGAAGCAGCAUUUUACUACAAGAAGGAUUUAGAUAGGAUGGAAGCUGAAGAGAGGGAAGGACCAAAUAUUGUUGAAGCUUUGUUAUUUCUUGCGACUCACUGCAGAGCCCAUAACAGGCUUGAAGAAGCAGAGGUGUAUUGUACCAGACUUCUGGAUUUUACUGGUCCAGAGAAAGAAACUGCAAAGAGUAUGCUCCGGGGAAUGAGAGCAGCCCAAUCAAGUUUUGCUUCAAUGGAUGUUGUACACUUUCCUCCCUGAUUUUUUAGCUAUCACACGUGCAAGUUAAAAAUCCUAUGCAGUAGCUGGGACUCUUCUGGUUCACAGUUUUGAGGUAUUAUUUAACUGUGAAACGCUUGAGAUGUGUUUGGUUACAGUGACAAGCAUAUAUUGGCAAUCUGUGCUGCAGAAAACAUUGAUGUACUAUUUUUAUAUGUAUUUGUUUGUUUUUGUAAGAAGGAUAGACAAAUAUUACUGAAAGAAAAUGGUAUAUUGUGUAUA